AUGGCUACGCCGCUGCUCCAUCUCGGCCAUGCCCGACCCGCUGGGGUUUGGGGUGCGGGAAUCCCCCAGCCGCUGCCUUCUCCCGCAGGCACGGCCGCGGCCCCCAGCUUCUCCUGCUGGAAGCAAUGCGGCUCCCGCUGGUUCCUCUGCUCCUGGCCGCCCCAUGGCCCCGCCGGCAACACCUCCUACCUCCUGACGUUCUGCUACGUGACGCCCCAGCUGUGCCAGCGGUUCAAGGUGGGCACGAGGACGACGUACACCCUGAAGCAUCACCACGUCUACGUCCUCACCAACGCCACGGCCUGGGUGGAGGCACGCGGGGGGGACCACAUCCACAGGACCCCCAACCUCACGCUAUACCUCAAUGAGGCCGUCAAGCUGGAUCCGCCCCCCGCCGGGACACCCUUCACCAAGACCGGUGGCCGGCUGCGGCUGCGGGUGCCGUGGCCACCGUGCCACCGUGGGGGCCAGCCGCCGCAGCGGGAGGCUCGCUUCCGGAGGAUGGGAGACCGCGGCUGGACGCAGGUGACGUGCGAGUCAGUGACGGACAAGGAUGACUCAGUGACCUGCGCCCUGGGGGGGGACGGCGCCUUCGAGGUCCAGCUCCGGCACAAGCCCCGCCACUGGAGCAGCUACUGGAGCGACUGGAGCAGCUCCAUCUUCGUUCCCGAGGAAAUCCUGGCGAGCCCGGCGCUGAGCUACCGGCUGGGAAAACUGGGGAGAGACGGGCAGCGGGUGCUGAGGCUGAGCUGGCAGCGAGCCCCCGAGGAGCAAGGGGACGUCACCUACACGCUGCGCGCCCGCAUGCCGGCGUGCCGCUGUGCCGAGCCGGCCGAGGAAGACACCGUGGUGCUGGGGAGGGAGGCGACGGCACACAACCUCACCAUCUCCGGGGCUGAGUACGAAAUCCUGCUGAGGGCAGCCAACGCUGCCGGGCCGGGGCCGGCACAGCAGCUCCGUGUGCCGGCAGAGCAGCAUGCAGGUACCUGCCCCGCAGAAGGACUGAGCUCCCCGGCAGCCGUGAGGGAGUUAUUUUCCCAGCCAUCCCUCGCACCCCGUUUCAUCCCAGAUCUCAGCUUCAAGGACAUCAGCGUGGCCGGCGGCACCGUGACAGCAGAGUGGGAAGCACCGAGCCCUGGCUUUGCCUACUGCUUCGAGCAGCAGCCGCUGCCAGGAGCCCCAAAACAGGGCAUUUGCAUCCAACGGGAUUUCCCUGCCAAGAGCAUCCACGUGGAGAGAGGAGCACUGGAAGCACCGGCGUGUUACCGCCUCGCCGUGCACAGCCGGGCCCCGGCACGGGGCUGGUCCACCUUCGCCCUGCAGCACCACUACGCCAGCAACGCCUCGCUGGCCGUGCCCAUCCGCAUCAAUGCCAGCGCCGGUGAUGCCACCGUCAUCCUCCGGUGGAGCCCGUCCCCUCGUGCCGCCUGUCCUGGGGUGCUGGCCAAGUACCUCAUCUGCCACGCGGCCAAGGGGGACAACGUGACCUAUGGCGAAGCGGACGCUGCGGCGUCGCACUACACCCUCCAAAACCUACGGCCCGGCACAGCCUACAGGGUGGGCGUUUGGGAGGUGACGGCGGAGAGCGGGGGGACCUGCGAUGCUUGGUGGCACUUCCAGACCAAGGCGCUGGGUCCCCAGAAAGCAGCGUGGAAAUCCAACCUGAAGUACCUGGGCAUCUCGCUCGGUCUCCCCGCCGUGGCCGCCAUCUACCAGCUGAGCAAAAAGAGGGCUCGCCGCCUCCUCUUCCCACCCCUGCCCAAGCCCGUGGGCAGCAAAGCCAUCCAGUUCUUCGCCGGCGAAAUGAGCCAGGUGAGAUGCAAGCCCCGGCCAGGCUUCGUGGAGCCCUCGGAGAGAUUCAGCCCGGCUGAGCUGCUGAUACCAGAGCCGAAUCCCGGCAAGGAAACGACCGACGCUGGCACACGGCCCGGCACGCCGCAGCCCGGCCCCGUGGCUGAAGAACCGGCAGCGGUGUGCCCGCUGGGUUGCACGAAGGAGCUGCCGUUUGCCUACCGCAGGCAGGAGGUGCUGAGCCCGGUGGGAUUUCCACUGCCUGGCAGCACCAGCUGCACCGGCCACCCACCCGGCGAGGAGGAGGAAGAGGAGGAGGAAGAGGAGGAGGAAGAGGAGGGAAGGCGGGGGCUGCACCAGUCACUGGUCCCCAUUGCCCUGCUCAUCUCCGACAAACCCGUCAUCAUCAGGGACGAGGAAGGAUGGGACCCGUCGCCGGAGAAGUUGGUGCCAUAG